AUGCGGAAAAUCAAACGGCUCGAAGACCUCGUGAAGAAGGCUGAACGCGAUGGGAACGCCGAGAAGCAAAUGGAUCUCCUGUUGGACCUUGGGAAUGAGCACAAGGCCGACGGGGACAAGGAGGCAGCCAUUCAGCAAUUCAAGGAAUGCCUGAAUAUGGCCCGAGCACGCGGUGACAAAUUCAACCGAUGCCUGGCCUCGCGCGCCAUCGCCGAAGUCUCCGCCGAUAUGGACAAUCUGGAGGAGGCCGAGAAGUAUGCAAAAGAAUACCGCGACACGGCACGGGAAUCCGAUUGGCCAUCGGAGAUUCAGCUCUCCCUACACACCAGCGGAUACGUGUAUCAAGUGGUGGCGGCUAUCCGGAAGGAAGGAGAUGAAUUUGUGAACCUUACACGAAAGGGCAUCGACUGGGCCGAGCAGAGCUUUCGAUAUAUCCGGGACAAUCGACAGUUGAUAGACGAGUCGAAAGAAGACGUUGAUCGAGGCGGCGACUCGGUGACCCGGCAGGCCAAUCUCCACUCGAUGCUCGCCCUGCUCUACGGCCAGAUCAGCGAGAAGGAGCGAGCGACGAGGCACGCACAGGCCGCCUUCAAUUCGGCUGGGAAGCGCAAGGAGUACGACGUGAUGUUCAGCGCCCUGCUCAACCAGUUCGACUGGCCCUGGUCGAAUAAGAUGGAGCUGGCGAAACAGAUGGGACAAGCGGCCGUCCAUCUCAAAGCCAAGGAAAAGGCGCUCGCGCGCUUUCACUGCGUCAAGGCUCUGCUCUACUACAAGGGGGACUGGAAAGAGGCGCAACGGGUCUGCUACGAGCUGAUCGUCCACGUCAAAGAGCUAGGAGAUGACCAGAGGGAGGCGCAGAAGACCAUUGUGGCCGUAUGGCGUCUACGGAAUUGCAUCGAGGCGGCCGCGGCGAUGGAGGCCACAAUGCCCCUCAAGGCUGGAAAAUACUACGAAAAGAUCGGCGACUACCUGACGGGGCUUCGAAUCUUGCCGCUGGCCACGAAGUACUACGCCAAGUUUUCUCGAGUAUGCGCCGCGGGGAACCCGGAAAAUGGAGGCGAUGCGGCCAAGUAUGCGCAACAAGAGGAGGAGCGCGCAAAGUUUGUGCGGGCCGGCCAGGAGGUGUGCGCGCGAUGGUUGGCCGAGUUGGGCAAGGAGGGCGGAGAGGGCUGCAACGUGGACAAGCAGGACAACGCCGGCUGGACGCCCCUCCACGAGGCGGCCAACGUCGAGAUUGUUCGAAUACUGCUCGACGCCGGCGCGAAGGUCGACCCGAUGGCGCGGGAUUCCCUCAGCGAUCAAAUGACGGGCGGGAACAACACGCCGUUGAUGAGCGCCUGCUACUACGGACACCUCGAGACGAUCGAGCUGCUGCUGCAGCGCGGCGCCUCGGUGACGAAGCGCAACGAGAAGGGCUGGACGGCGGUGGACUUCCUGAAGAAGGCCCUCAAGUCGCCGGAACUCCCAGCAAGCGGCAACGAGGAGCGCGCCCGGAAGCUGAUCGAGCGCAUGGAGCAAGCGCAGCGCAAAGACCUCAACAAUGGCCUCUCAACGCAGCUGCCGAAGCACCCAGCGCUCAGCCCCAAUCCGCAAACCGCCAGCAGCACGAGAGCGCACCGG